CUCCUAGCACCAGCCAUGGAGCCGCAGGAAGGGGCGCGAACGCUCGGGGAGUCCGUGCUUCGCCCUCCUGGGGCCUCGGGGUCCCCGGCGCCGGACGGAGAGGAGCGACCCGAGGGCGGUGCACUGCAGGCGGCGGCUCCCGCGGGCUCGGAGGAGGACGGCGCGAGCGCCGACGGGCUGUGGGGGCUUCCGGUGGAGCGCGCUGAGCGCAGGCCGGAGUGCGGCCAUUGCAGCCGGCCCCGGAAAGUGUGCUUGUGUCCAUAUCUACCAGUGCAUCCGCUCCAGAUCUCCACCCACUUGUACAUAAUUCAGCAUCCAGCAGAGGAAAACAAAGUGUUGCGCACAGUCCCUCUGCUAGCAGCAUGCCUUCCCCCAGACAAAUUCACAGUAAAGAUUGGCCGGCGCUUCAGUGAGGAGCAAGACGUUGACCUUGCAACCAUUUGCCGGGACCCUGGUACAUUAAUAUUAUAUCCAGGGGCUGAAGCUACUAAUUUGGAAGAAUUUAUAUUGGAUUCUCCUGUUCAUCCUUCCACAAUCAUCCUCAUUGAUGGAACAUGGAGCCAGGCUAAGGACAUGUUCUAUAAGAAUUCCUUGUUCCAACUUCCUAAACAGGUACAGUUAAAAACCAGCAUUUGUAGUCAGUAUGUAAUUCGGAUGCAACCAACAAACAGGUGCCUUUCUACUCUGGAAUGUGCUGCCGCUGCUCUUUCCAUCUUGGAGAAAAACCAUUGUAUACAGGAGACUCUGCUUCGCCCUCUUCAAGCGCUGUGUUCUUUCCAGCUUCAGCAUGGUGCUCAGAUUCGCCUCAGCAAGGAAUAUCUUCUGAAAAAUGGAUUAUAUCCCAAGCCAAUGCCAAAGAACAAACGCAAACUCAGGAAGAUUGAACUGUUAAUGAACAGCGUCAAAAUUUAGCACAGUUGUCCCCGUGGUGCUCUUUUAUCUGUCUUCUGCUGACAAGACUGUGUUAUGUCUUCCCACAGUUUACGCUUGAGGGCUUUGACUCUGAAGAUGGAACACUGGCAGGUUCUUUGCUGAACGGUGCUGUCUGCUCAACAGCACCAUAAGGCAGACUUCCACUGACUGUGAAAUUCCUUUCUAUUUUUGUUUUCUCAAGACAAGGCUACUCUGUAUAGCCUGUAGACCAGGCUGGCCUCGAAUUCAGAGAUCCUCCUGCCUCUGCCUCCCAAGUGCUGGGAUUACAGGCGUGUGCCACCCUCAUCCAACUACUGUAUUUGUUUUAAAAUAUGUGCUUUUGAUGCAUUUUUAAAAGUUGUAUUCAAAAUAUGAUUAGUUAUAUUAGUCUAGAGUAAGGACUUGUUUAUAAAAUGAAGAAAUUGUACCUGGGAACAUGUUUCCAUCAGUGUUUGUGGAUUCUGAGGUAUAGAUCAGUGAUGGGAUAUAUCCUAUGAAACUAAUGUUUCAGCCUUGUAAAUGAACUUCAGAGUGUGAAAUCAAUGACAAAAGAGGGUUAUAUAUCUUGUUAAAUAGUAUAAAGGAACAAGGAAACUUUACUGUUUAGGGAUGAACUUGGACUCAGUGGAUGUGAUUUACAUCUUCUCUUCUGAAUUCCUAUGGAGUGCAUUUAAUUUUGAAAUAGCCUACAUUCUCAUUGGGAGUUGCUUUGCCUAAGUUUCAGUUUUUCAGUGUUCAUUGAACAAGUUAACUGGCAGAAGAGGUUUUUGAUGAAGUUUCUAUAUGGAAAUGACAGAAGUAAAGUAUAAUACAGCUAUCAUUUUAGAAUGUAUUUCUGUAAGUAGCUCCACUUAAAAUUUUUUUUAAGAGAAAAAAACUUUCAAAAUGAAAGAUCAAAUUUUCUCACCGUAUUAGAAUAUUUACUGAUAUUUUAUAAAGAAAUAAGAGAAAUAUACACUCUAUAUUUAUAUCCAGUUUACAGAUAAGCAGACACUUUGGCAAGAUCAAGGUGUUUCAUUUUGACCUUUGUUCAUGAUUACUGGAGUUUCCUGAAUCCAGUAUUAGGUUAGAAGGAAAAACCAAGCCUGCCUUUUAGUGGUGAUUUUGCUAAGUAUCUUUAUGUGAUAUGAACAUACACCAGUUUCUGAUGAAUUUUAUGUUCAUUUGUUUAUUAUUGGCCCAAAUUAGACACUCAUUAAAAGCUUGGCUGGCCCCAAUUAGAAUGCUAACUGUGAAAAUUAUGUAAAAAUAUUAAAAAUCUAAAUUUGUCUCCAAUUGCUUAUUUUUGCAUUUAAAAACAAGUUGGUCUUUUAUAACCUAAAUGCCUCAUAUCAAUUGCUUAUUUGUAUAAUAAUGAAAAAAUAA